AUGACCAAUCGUCCAUGGUUAUCUGAUACAUCUCGGUUACAAGUAUUACGCACAAAUGUUUCUUUUUCAGAACAAUUAAAGAUACCUCGACCGAUCAUUGACUUGUCAAACAUUCAUAAUGAGAAGCUAAGGAACGUCAUUAUCGUUGGCGUGAGAGAAGGAAAGUCAUUUGAAGAUAUGACAAUGGCCUUACGUAUGCAGGUCACCGAUACAGGCUUUAAUCCACUUGCUCUCGAACAAAAUCCACCGUCUGCGCAUCCAAACUGGCUUCCUCUCCAAUAUAUCGGCCCAAGACCAACAAAUAUCUCUACCAUCGAGUUACUUCAACGAGAAGCCGACAAACUAUCGUGGCACGUCGUCGAUCGCGCAACAAAAACCGAAUCCGCAUUAAAUAUAACAUUAUUGGAACUUGUUAAAAUCCUCGGUGACCAGCCUUUCGCUAGUAACCAAAGCAGCAUUGCGUCCAUUUCGUACAGAAUAAACAACUCUGAAAUUCAUAAAAAGCGAUCAAAUAUUCACAAACGUUAUAUCAUUGGCUCAGAUAAUCGCGCACCCGUCUACAACUCCGAAGUAUACCCUAUCCGCACUGUGGGAUAUAUAGCUAGUGAAUGCACUGGAACAUUGAUCGCGCCUAAUGUAGUGUUGACAGCAGGUCAUUGUCUACAUGAUGGCACAAAUUGGUACAAAAAUCUUUCUGUCUCACCUGUUCAAGACGGCCCAGUGCCUAAUCCAAUUUUCGGUCAGAUCAACUGGGCGCAAGCAUGGACAGUGAAAGGAUGGACCGAAUAUAAAGAUAAGGAAUACGAUUAUGGGUUGAUUAUUUUGGAGCGUGAUGCUGAUGAUGACUGGAUGAGUUUUGGUUGGAACAACCAGAUCAACGAAGGGUGGGGUUUUAAUAUUAUCGAAUAUCCCGGAGAUAAGGCUUUCACUACGAUGUGGUGGGAAUAUUGUCCUGUUAACUAUACAGGAGAACUAGAGCUCGAACAUUUUUGCGAUAUUGUCCCACGUGCGUCUGGCUCUGGUCUAUAUGUUUACCGCCCUCAAGACGAGGCACGUAUAAUAUAUUCCGUGCAAUCACAUCAAGCUUAUUCGCCAAGUUUUCCAG